AUGGCUACUGGUAGAGGUUACAGAAGUAGAAAUUUCACUUCAUCAUCAUUCGAUCGAACGAACAGCGCUCGGUGGAAUUCGCCACAUCGAUCUGGUUCACUGAAUUCGUAUGAAUUACCUGAUCAAGAUCAAAUGACUUUGAAUAUUACUAAUAAAUUGAAAGCGCGAAUUCAAGAUAGGAUUCAACGACAUGAACGGAUCGAUCGAUCAACCAUUGAAUCAGAAGUCGUUGAUAUCAAGUAUGAAAUGGACCCUCAUCGAUAUGAUAUCAAUCAAUGGAGAAAACAACUAUCACCCAACAUGUCGAACUGUCCUGAUCGUAUUUUGCGUGAAUCAAUGGCAUACAGUGAUGAUCCUCACAAAGCACAGUCCAUCAUAGCAAUAAAGUCGAAUAGAACAAAUUCAAAUGGAAAUCCUAUUGAAUCUUCGCUUGAUAAUCUUACAGACUGUUUAGCAACACUUCGGGAUGAUUUAAGAGCGAACCCAUUGACAGAUCUGUUUAGUACUGUUCACAAUGUCAAUGAUAGCGAUUCGGACCGUAUCAAUCGUUUAUUUCUCAGCGAAGCAUUACAUUUCUGUCCUGCCCUUUCACAUUAUACUAGUCAUGAAGCACAUGCCGCAGUGCAAGGAAUCCGUGCAGUAAACUAUUCUUUGAACGAUCCUGAUGAUCUUCUUGCGAUUCUCAAAACAUGUCAUACGUCUGAUGAGGUUCGACAAUAUUUAGAACGACGAUUGUCAAAGUCAACCUACCAUUCACAUCCAUCGACAUUUUCAGUAUCGCAAUCCUUCGAUGAUCGUCGUCCGAAUCAUUACAGUUCUCCAAACAAUGUUGAUUAA